AAACACCAGCAAGGCACUUCUCUGACGCACUUCCGUGGCGCCGAAACAGGCAGGCCGUGGUACCUGAAAACUGGGAAGAUGGUGGUUACCAGGUCGGCGCGGCCUCCGGCCAGCACCCGAGCCACGUCGCCUGAAAAUUCCCAGCAGGAGAAUUCUAAAAGAAUUCAAGCACAUCCAAAAGGCAGGAAGGAAACUCCAUCUGCUGAGCCAAGUACUGCUGAAUCAGGGACCACUAGGAAACAAAGUCCAUUGCCUAGAACUCCUAAGACCAGAAAAAGGAAGAGCACAGCUACAGGCUUAUUACCAGAAAUGAACAAACCGUCUACUGAUGGAGAGAUCUCUGAAGCAGAAUCAAAUUGUUCUGUGUCCAGGCUCCAGGAACCCAUUUUAAGAAUAACUAGAAGACGGCAGAUCUUAGUUGCAUGCACCCCAGUGUCCUCUGUUAGGAAGAGGCUGAAAAUAACCCCAUUAAAAGAGUCUCAUACUGAAGAAGUCUCUGAAGCUGAGUCACAAGUUUUAGGUAUUUCUAGAAUUGUGCUUCCUACAGUAAUAACUACAAGAACCAUAGGAAGGCAGGCUAAAUCCCUAAAAGAUCCAAACCAAGAAUCACAUGUAGAAGCUGAUUCUGAUGCUGAGUCAUCAUGCUCAGACAUUUCAUUUUCCAGUAUUGCAACCAGGAGAACAACAAGGAGUAUGCACAGGAAAUUGCAAGCACAAAUGAAGGAGAAAGGUACUAAAAUUGUACCAGGAAAUGAAAAGCAAAUCAUAAAUGUAGCUAUGAAUUCAGAGGAUUCAGAUGCCAGACAAAUGUCUUCUCGUUCACAAGCAAGAUCUCUUUCUAAGAUAAAUCAGCCAGAUUUCUGUAGUGAUAGUGAUGACUUUGAUGAUGAUUCCCUCCACAGAAAUUCAGAAAAACAACCAACAGUGCAAAAACAUUUUAAUAUAGGAGAGGAAAAACAAGCCAGUGUUACACCUCUCAGUGAAAUACAGCAGAAUUGUAAAAGUUUAGAUGAAGAAGCUAAAGGAAUAACAGAUGAGGGAAAAGAAAUUAAUGAGAAAAAUUUGCAGCUGAAGAGUCUUUCUGAACUUGAGGACACCAGCCUUCAACAGUUAGUUUCUCAAAGACAUUCGACCCCCGAAAAUAAAACCACAUCAGAGCCCUCAAAUCUGAACUGUGAGGCUGUAAUGAAAUCAUUAGCUCAAACAUUUGCAGUUGUUGAAGUAGACAGAUGGAAUGAAGAGAGAAAGAGCACCAUAAAAACAAGUGACUUGACAGAAGUUGGUGAUAGUUGUGGCAGUAAAGAAGACUGCGCAGAUAGAGGUGGCACUGAAGACAUGAAUGAAGAAAGGGAUACGGAUUUUGAGUAUGAUACCAGCCUAUACAAGUCUGAGUUCAACACAUCUCAGGAUAAAGGUCAUUCUGUUUUAUUAGUUCUCAGCAGUGAUGAAAGCCAGCAGUCUGAGAACAGUGAGAAUGAAGAGGACACUGUGUGUUUUGUUGAAAAUAGUGGUCAAAAGGAAUCAUUAAAUGGCGUCUCAGAAAGUAUGUCAUGUGACAAUGCAUUGUUUGUAAUUGACACAACUCCUGGAUUGAGUACUGAUAAAAAUUUUUACCUGGAUGAGGGAGAUAAGGCCAGUGAGGUUGCCACUGAGGAAGAAAACCAAGAGGAGGAAGAGGAUGAACAAAGUGAAGAAGAACUAUCAGACCAUGAUGAAAAUAAAGAUGAGUCUAGUGAUGAAGAUGACUUACUAAGUAGCACAAAGUCAAAGUUUCUGAAGUUGACAAGCAGCAGCAUAGACCCUGGUCUGAGUAUCAAGCAAUUAGGUGGUUUGUAUAUUAAUUUCAAUGCAGAUAAACUACAGUCAAAUAAGAGAACACUAACACAGAUCAAGGAGAAAAAAACAAAUGAGUUUCUGCAGAAAGCUGUCAUUACUCCUGAUUUUGAAAAAAAAUUCUGUGUCCCACCAUAUAGUGAAUCGAAGUAUCAACUUCAGAAAAAACGCAGAAAAGAAAGACAAAAAACAGCAGGUGAUGGCUGGUUUGGUAUGAAAGCUCCAGAGUUGACAGAUGAACUAAAAAACGAUCUCAAAGCACUGAAGAUGAGAGCAAGCAUGGACCCAAAAAGGUUUUACAAGAAAAAUGAUAGAGAUGGCUUCCCCAAAUACUUUCAGAUCGGAACCAUUGUUGAUAAUCCAGCUGACUUCUACCAUUCACGAAUUCCCAAGAAACAAAGGAAGAGAACUGUUGUAGAAGAACUGCUUGCUGAUUCUGAGUUCAGAAGAUAUAACCGAAGGAAGUACUCAGAGAUCAUGGCUGAAAAAGCAGCAAAUGCAGCAGGAAAGAAGUUUCGAAAGAAGAAGAAAUUUAGAAAUUAAGAAUCAGCAAGCAAAUCAUAGUAUUUUACAUCUCCCCUUUAUUUAUUUACUCAAGAUGUUCUGAAGACUAACACCGUCACAUACAUUAACAUUGGCUAGCCCUAUCUGUAUAUAGGGGUUUCUGUUCAGAAGUUCAUUUGAAAAGGAAUCAAUUACAUGCUCUUUCCCUUGAAAUAAAGAUAGGUAUGUCUACAAA